AUGACUAAGGAUCUUCCUUUAAAAGUUCUUCACAAGAUAUUCUGUUAUCUCGAUAACCGUGACACAUGGUCAUUCUAUGAUGAUCUAUACGAUCGUUUGAUUACAAAAAAAAUCUCUCUUGAUUCAGGAGAGAACGAGUUCAUAUGGCAACUACAUAGGUCAUCCUAUUGCGAUUUAUACCAUUGUGCGCUAGUUAACCGCCAGUGGUGUCAGGGCGCAAUGCCAAUACUGUGGAAUAGACCAUUCUUCCAUUACGAUGAAGUAGACUCUGCAAUGCCAAAUGUCUUAAGAACGUACGUCUUGUCCUUAACAGACGCCGAUAGGUCUCUCCUUCGUGAAAAUGGCCUAGACGUUCCGUACGCUAUUCGGCGACCAAUGUUUGAUUAUCCAUCAUUUGUCAGACAUCUUAAUCUCUGGGAGUUAAUAAUGGCGUGCAGAAACUGGCGUGAUUGGGGGGAUAAAUUGGCGCUGGUGGUGAGGAUCAUGUUGGGACUGUUUAAGAGAAGAGGGAUUGAAUUGACAUCAUUGUUGUUACCGUUGGACGAUUGGUAUGAUGGAAAGUAUGAUGAAGCAAUUUGUGUCAUUAUCGAGGAUGAAUUCAUGGAGAUGAUUGCUCCGAUUAGAUAUUUAGAGAUAUCUAAGCUGACUAAUAUAGGGAAGCUGGCAUGUGGACUGGCACAAACAUGUAAUAAUUUGGAACAUAUAAAUUUAUCGAAUCUCAGAGGCUCGUCCAGCUCGCGAUAUCUCAGCCAAUUAAUCAAAUCCCAGAAACAGCUUAUAUCAUUUUAUAUGGUCAAUGGCGUCCCACGUGUCGAGUCUUCUCUCUUUAAUCAGGCAAAUUCUCUACGUGAUGUGCGCUUACAUAGUACCGACUUCCAGGAUUCAGAGGCAUGGCAUAGUUUGGCAACAUGCACAAUGUUGGAACGAUUGGAUAUAGUCAACUGCAAAAACAUAACAGUGCUUAUGGUUGAGCCACUGUUGAACGAGACAUUGCCUUAUUUGAAACAGGUCAAUGUUACUUUCUGUAAAGGAGGGAUGAUGCCCAAAUGUAGAGAAUUGGAAGAAUGGGCAAGGGUGAUGAAUAAGGGAAAGAGAAUGAUUGAGGAUAGGAAAAUGUGCGUAUGA